UGCCUACGGAAAUGUUGUACAGUGCAGGAUAAAGUAGCUUAGUGACAUGAAAGCAGGCGACACGCGCUUCAAUUGAUCUGAAAUUGAUGAUUUUACCGAUCAGUAUCCGGAUAAAUGUAACGGUUUAAAGUAUACGCAUGAGCUAUUAGCUUACACGCUAGCAUUGGUAAAUAACGCUCCAGCUUCGCAAGUUCUUCAGCUAGCUAACAUUAGUGAGCGCUAACUGAACCACUCCUGAUGGUGCGGACUUGUUUAUAAUAACAAAGGAGAAGCUGAGAUGGAAGACUGCAAAGGGGAGGACAUUAUACAAACACCUGAGCUACCUUUGGAAAUCAUAGUUUACAUCCUGAGCUUUCUUCACGCUUCAGACAGGAAGGAUGCCUCGCUGGUCUGCCGCAGCUGGUACUACGCCAGUCAGGACUUCCACUUUCAGAAGAACCUCACCUUCAGCUUCCCGGCUUCAGCCUCGUCCCUGGAGCUGAUCAAGGGUCUGGGCAGGAAGUCCCGCUGCAGUCUGAUUAUCAAGCAGCUCGAUGGGUUCAGCAUGUCCAGGUCAUUGCUUCUGGAGGUUGGUUUGUGUUUGGGCUCUAAGCUGGAGAGCUUGGCCCUGCCCGGCAGCAGUAUAACAGAGGCCUCUCUGCUGAGCCUCCUCCCGCGCCUCACCUCCCUCCGCAGGCUGGACCUCAGGGGUCUGGACAGCCUCUUCAUGUCUGGGGCUUUCCUCUCCAGAGAAGAGCACAGACAGCAGGUGAGGUCAGCUCUGUCUGGUCUUGAGGAGCUGGACCUGUCCGACCUGCGCUACCUCUCUGACCUCACCUUUAAUCGGCUCACCAGCUGUACCCCGCGCCUCCGCCGCCUCUCGCUGGCCGGCUGCCAUAUCGCCUUUGAGUUCGACCCGUAUCGAGGGUGUCCAGCGGGGGCUGUUAAGGAUUCGUCAGCAUUGCUGUCACUGAGGAACUUGCGGAGGUUGGUAAUGGAGCAGAGAUUCACCCUCAAAGCGUUGGACCUCAGCAGAACCUCCAUCACCCCCGAGUCACUACGCACUGUUGCACAGGUUCAAGAUUUGGUCUUAGAGGAACUGCGUCUUCACGGCUGUAAGGAGCUGACCGACUACUCAGUAGAGGUUCUGGUGAAGCACCAGCCGAGCCUCCAGAGGCUGGACAUCAGUGCCUGCACUGAGCUGACCAGCAGGUCUGUAGAGGCCGUAGCGCAGGGCCUGAAGGCACUGACACAGCUCUCUUUGUCCCGCGACUGGAGGAUCACUGAAAAAGGCCUCGCUGAAUUACUGUCGGUGUCGUCCCUGAGGAGUCUGGACAUGUCUGAAUGUCUGCACGUCAGCGGGACAGAGAUAGUGAAAGGCUUGACGGGAUGCACCACUGCCCGAGCACAGCUGGACACACUGAGCCUCAAGAGCUGCACCUACAUACGGGAUUUUGCAGUUUUCUCCCUCACACAGCUUCUGGGGGAUACCCUCCGUGAGCUGGACUUGACGUCAUGUGUGAACGUGACUGACCUGUCUGUGCGCGCUAUAGCCACUUACCUGCAGGGGCUGGUGGUUCUGCGGCUGGGCUUGUGUAAAGAAAUCACAGAUUGGGGUCUGCUGGGAAUGGUGGAGACAACCAAAUGUGAUCCUGACCAGGAGACGGGAGAUAAGGGUCCCAGGUUCACCCGGACCUUCGGCAACAUGGGCUUCUUCAAGCCUCCUCGUUUGCCGUUUGAGGAGCGUCCCAAGCUGGUGACGCAGAAUGACCUGCAGCAGUUCAAGGAGCAGGCUGGAGCUUCACUGUUAGCUCUGAACAGGCUGCAGGAGCUGGACCUCUCCGCCUGCCCCAAACUCACUGACAGCAGCAUCACACAGGUGUUGCGUUACCCAGACCUGCGCCGUCUGUCGCUCUCCAUGCUGCCGGAGAUCACGGAUGCCAGCUUGGCGUCGGUGGCCUGGCACUGCCGCAGCCUCACCAGCCUGGCACUGAGCCACUGCCCGGGCAUCAGCGACCGCGGAGUGGCGCAAGCUGCACCGUACCUACACCGGCUGCAGCACCUCUACCUCUCCGGCUGCAGUAACAUCACCGACAGGUCCUUGUUCCUCCUGUUGCAGCACUGUGACCGUUUGCAAACACUCGACAUUUCAAGGUGCAAAAACAUCUCCCCUACAACGGUGGACCUCCUUCAAUCCAGGCUGCCCUUCCUGGAAAAUGUCCACCACAAAUUCAUAGAAUCAAGGUCCUGUUAUCGUAAAAAGUAACUCAGAAAGACUUGCAUAGCUGAAGGUAAGGUAGGAAAUAAGAUAUAAAAGGUAUCCCAUAAGAAAUAAUUGUGUUGAGAUUGAAAUCACAGUUUUUAUAUAGUAAUGUAAUUAUAUGUUUUACACUCUUACAUUCUCCUUUUGCUUAACAUGAGCACAUUUCUGUUGUUUUGAGCAGUUAUAGAAGGUAUUUUGAAUGCUCACACUCUAAGGUGCUUUUGAUUUCCUUGAUAAUUUAUUUAUAAGAAAACAGGAGAAUUGUUUUUUCUUACAAUUACUGUUCUGUGUUGCUAAAGUAGAACGAAAGAGUAAUAUAAAGAGAAAUAGGUGUCCUUAAAUAUUUUCAACUUUUAGACCAGGACUGAGGCCAAUCGGUUAUUUAGCAUUGUCUGUUCUGAGAGGCUUACGGCCUCCAUUUAAAAUAUUGGUUUUAAUUUAUGAAGGUUACUCUGAAAACUGCCCGCUUUAUCUGCUGUAGUAAGCAGGUAGUCAGAUAAGGUCUUAUUAAGUAAUCUAUGAAAAGGGAGUAUUAUAUCACAAUUAACAGAGAAUCAUGGUUAAAUAUUAUUUUCGAAUGAAAAUCUGGACAUUUAUUGUGAUAACUGGAUACUACAAGCAUAGCAUAAUAGUAAUUCAUCCCUUUAUAGUGUAUGUUGAAUCAUGUUGUACUGUUGUAACAGUGUAUGCUGCAAUAUGCGCCAAAGAAGAAUUAUAGACUGUAAAGAUGAGAGAUUAAGAAUAAAAAUGCAAACAUUUUUUAAAAUAAAUAAUCAGCAUAGUAGUCAAACUCUGGCUAUUAUGCAAUGAGUAAAACACAAA